CCGCGGUCCAGUGUGCGCCCGCGCCCGCCCGUCGUUAUGCCCGAAAGUGCGUUAUUUAUUUAUUUUUAUCGAGAACCUGGUCUUCCGCGCAUCUCACCUUAGUAUCAAUAUAGACUCCGGGAAGACACGACCACUUGACACCGUUUGACAAAGCAGUCAAUGCGGUUUACAUGUCGCGGUGUCUCGUUCCACAUGGAUUUCGGUUGCCACGACAAGGAUUCGGGGGAAGUGGAGUGCUACCUCGAAAUACUUGGGAUCAGUGUAGUUUUUGGGUCGUGUAAACAGCUGGACUCUUCUGACAGUAAGUUAGUCCGUAUGUCAGCGCAGUCUGCGAUUGUUAGCCGCGUUAAACGCUGUUAUUACGAUUAGUACCAUUUACCUUGGUGUAACAAUAACAAAAUAACAAACGUAGCGUACGGCGGGCACUCAAAAUGCGCACGGAACUAAGAACAGUAAGCACUAGACGUGACAACGUGCCGAGUCAUUGCGAUACGGGUACUUCUUGCGCUAUCACGAUACAAAUGCCAAACCCUGAGGCGGUGGGAUGUAUAGAGAGAUUCGCGACGCUUCUAUCGUUCCUGCUGGUCAUCAUCACAUUUCCAUUCUCAUUGUUUGAAUGUUUUAAGGUAGUGCAAGAGUUCGAACGAGCAGUAAUAUUUCGACUAGGACGGUUAAGGAAAGGCGGAGCGAGAGGUCCGGGACUUUUCUUCGUCCUGCCGUGUAUAGAUACUUACAGAAAAGUCGAUUUGCGGACUGUAUCAUUCGACGUACCGCCACAAGAAGUGCUAACAAGAGACUCAGUGACGGUGGCAGUGGAUGCGGUUGUGUACUACAGAAUCAAGGAGCCAUUAAAUGCUGUAGUCAGAGUUGCUGAUUACAGUGCAUCGACUCGGCUCCUGGCGGCAACGACUCUUCGGAAUGUGUUGGGUAUGCGGGACUUGGCGCAGCUUCUCUCUGACCGAGAAGCCAUCAGUCACAUGAUGCAGGCUAGUUUGGAUGAGGCAACUGACCCAUGGGGCGUUGAAGUGGAACGGGUUGAGAUGGUAUUUUAUGUUUUCAGUAAAGACGUUAGACUACCGGUUCAACUUCAAAAAGCCAUGGCAGCCGAAGCCGAAGCCGAUCGAGAAGCCCGUGCCAAAAUUAUUGCCGCGGAAGGAGAAAUUAAAGCUUCUAAAGCGUUACGGGAAGCUUCGCUCGUCAUGAUUGACAAUCCUAUGGCAUUACAACUGCGGUAUCUACAGUCGUUAAGCUCAAUAUCAGCCGAAAAGAAUUCGACGAUAAUAUUUCCAUUUCCGAUGGACUUCUUGAAAGCAUUUUUAGGCGGCGCUGGACCAAGCUCAGUGCAAAUGACGCAGUCUUUACCCAUAUAGAUGUGAAUAAUAGGUUAAAUAAAGAUAUUUCUUAUA